AUGGCACAAGAAAGAACAUUAAACCGUGAAGAGCCACAUUAUUUUGGUGCUGGACCAGCAUUAUUACCAACUUCUGUUUUGCAGGAAGCUGCAUAUGAUUUAAUCUCAUACGGAGACGAGAAUAUCGGUGUUGGUGAAAUUUCUCACCGUUCUAAACCAGCAGGUGGUGUAAUUGAUGGGACGAAGGAAAACUUAAGCAAAUUAAUGAAUAUCCCAGACACCCAUGAAGUAUUUUUCAUGCAAGGAGGUGGUACUACUGGAUUUUCGUCAAUUGUGUAUAAUUUAAUGGCAAAUUACACUAAGAGAACCGGAAAGAAGGGUAAAGCUGCUUAUGCUGUUACUGGGUCAUGGUCUGCCAAAUCUGCAGAAGAAGCUAAGAGAUUAGGUUUCGAUACCGACAUCGUGGUUAAUACCAAAGAUAAGAAGUAUGGUGAUAUACCUCCUUAUUCUGAAUGGAAGCCAAUUGACAAAGAAUCAACAGCAUACUUGUUCGUUUGUGACAAUGAAACUGUCAAUGGUAAUGAGUUUCAUGAUACCCCUGGAACUGAUUAUUUACCAGAAGGUGUUGAAUUAGUCUCUGACAUGUCAUCCAAUAUUUUAUCGAAGGAAAUUGAUGUCAGCAAAUAUGGUUUGAUUAUGGCCGGAGCACAAAAAAAUAUCGGUCUUGCUGGUUUGACUAUUUAUAUUAUAAAAAAGUCUUUGUUAGAACAUGCUACUGACGAAGAAUUGAGUUCAAAGAACAUUCCAUUGGCCCCGAUUGCUUUCCAUUAUCCAACCGUUGUCAAGAACAAUUCGGCUUAUAAUACAAUUCCUAUUUUCACCUGUCAUAUUAUUAAUUUAGUUGCUAAGAAGUUAUUGGAAUCUGGAGGUGUCCCUGCUAUUCAGAAGAUCAACGAACAAAAGGCAAAAAUAUUAUACGAAGCGUUGGAAAAAUAUCCAAACUUCUACAGGUUGCCAGUUACAAACCCAAAUGUUCGCUCAAAAAUGAAUGUAGUCUUCAAUUUGCCAAAUGCUGAUUUAGAAGCCAAGUUCGUAUCUGAGGCCGCUGAAAAGAAAUUAACUGGUUUGAAGGGACACAGAUCAGUUGGUGGUAUUAGAGCUUCAAUUUAUAAUGCAAUUAGUCUCGAAAGUGUUGAACUCUUAGUAAAGUUUGUCAAUGACUUUGCUGAAGCUAACAAAUAG